AAGGGCAGGAAAAACGAGAGGAAAAAGAAAGAGAGGGAGAGAAGGCAGAAAGGAGGGAGAGAGGAACGAAUGUUUCCGCGCGCUCGCGAAAUCGACUUUGGGAGUCGAAGCUUCGGGUUCGGAGCUUGCGCCGGCUUGUGCCGGGCAACGCAGCGGAUCUUUCCAAUUUCUCACGUCGCCGCUCGUGAUGAAUCCCAACGGGUCCAGGCGUUUACGCGCGGACAAACGUGCGAGGUGAACGAAAUCGCGGCACAAAUGUGUACCCAUGUGGGAUCCGGGAUCGUUGCUAUAAAAAAAGGAAGAAGAACGUUAGGAAGUUAGAAUGCGCGAUUGGCGACCGCUGCUUCGUUUGCCUCGGAUGUGGACACGAGUGCUUUCGAUCACAUCAAUUUCCAUUUGCCUGAUCAAAGACGACUAAAGACGGAAUCAUCGGAUUCGAGUGAUCCUCCAGGGAUUAUCCAGGGACACUUGAAGCAAUGCGAGAAUCGACAGCGUUCUCGAAAAUCGAAGUAUCCGGGGAUGUUGUGUUCGAGGGUUGCGAGAUCCAGGACUGGACCAUUACUCGUUUUCACAUGAGUGAAAAAGUGUACGGUAUUGAUAUGCGAUUCGGUGAGCGACGUGUCGCGAUAACACCGUGAUUCAGUGAUAACGUUUACGGUACACGUGCGCGAGUGACGAGAAAUACGAGUGCAAGCUUUGAGAGCGUGAUGGCUCUUCGCACUUGACAGCAGCAAUCGUGCUGGAAAUUGCGAGGGACUAUAGCGAUACAAAGGAUCGCGUGUGGAGAACCGAGCUACGUAUCCGCACGCUCAACGACAUCGUAGCGUCGUCGUCGCAUUGAGUCGAAAAUCCGAAGCUUCUCUAGGACACGUUUUCUUCUCGAUCCGGCUUCGUAAAUCUUGUAACGGCGAUUAAGCCAGCGACAGUGUGUCGUCCGAGAAGGACAGACACGUAAGAAGGUUCUUACUUCUGAAUCAAAGAUGAACGUUUUCCUGGUGCGUCGGCUAAUCGGGACUUCUGUCACUUAAAGUUACCUUUCCAACUCUCUCAUUUUUUUUUUUUUUUUUGUACGGACACAAGCAAAGGAAGCAACGAGGCUAUCGACCUUCGUUCACGGCGUUAGCCGCCGUCGAACGAAAGAAUAUGACCACAAAGAGCACGUUCGAUCCGACGGAGAUCUCCUCGUUCGACGUGACGUCGUUGCUGGACGUCACCUCGACCGAGGAGAAUGCUUACGCGAACAACAGCACCGAGGUGAAGAUGAACUGGGACAUGCCGGACAUGCCGUCGACCAUCGCCAAAGUCUGCGUUCUGGGCUCGAUUAUCGCCACAGCCGUGUUCGGUAAUCUUCUGGUAAUGGUAUCGGUGAUACGACACAGAAAGCUGCGGAUUAUCACCAACUACUUUGUUGUCUCGCUCGCGCUCGCUGACAUGCUGGUGGCGAUGUUUGCGAUGACGUUCAACGCGAGCGUGCAGGUGACUGGCCGCUGGCUGUUUGGCUACUUUAUGUGCGACGUCUGGAACUCGCUGGACGUAUAUUUCAGCACCAGUUCGAUAUUGCAUCUGAUGUGCAUCUCCGUGGAUCGUUAUUACGCGAUAGUGAAGCCGCUCAAGUAUCCGAGCAACAUGACGAAGCGAGUUGUCGCGUACAUGCUUCUCGCUUGUUGGGUGUCGCCGGCGAUCAUCUCUUUCGUGCCGAUCUUCUGCGGCUGGUACACCACGGAGGAGAACAGCGUGCACCGACACAAACACCCGGAGCUCUGCGAGUUCAAAGUCAACAGAAUCUACGCCGUGCUGUCGUCGAGCAUAUCCUUCUGGAUACCGUGCUCCAUCAUGGCGGUCAUGUACUUCGCGAUAUUUAAAGAGGCGAACAAGCAGGAGAAGCAGAUGCUCAGCAGAAUGGGUAACGCGAUGCUUCUAAGCCACAGACCGAGCAAGGAUCUCAAUAAUUUGAACGGCGAAUUAAACAGCGGCGGCUCCUCAAAGACGCUGACUUUAAACGAGAUCAACACCGAACAUCUGCACACGCCCACGAAGGACAAAAACAUGAUGAAGAUGAAGAGGGAGCACAAAGCGGCGAGAACGCUGAGUAUUAUCAUGGGAACCUUCAUUCUCUGUUGGCUGCCAUUUUUCCUUUGGUACGUCAUUACGGCGGCGUGCGGCAAGUCCUGUCCGUGCCCCGACAUCGUAAUCGCGAUCCUCUUCUGGAUCGGAUAUACGAAUUCAGCGUUGAAUCCAUUAAUCUAUGCGUAUUUUAAUCGCGACUUUCGAGAGGCGUUUAAAAAUACGCUGCAGUGCGCUUUCUGUUCGCUCUGCAGACGGGAGCCGUCGGAUCUCGAAGCGCUGGACUUCCGUCGGCCAUCCCUAAGGUACGAUCUGGUCUAACACGUUAAGAUACGACGACCGUACUAAGACCAUGUACUCGGAGACGUACAUGAAGCACAUCGACCGACGAAGAUCGAGUGAGUUCGGGAGC